ACGUGUGCUUUCCUGAGCCCUCCGUUCUCACCAACUCUCAGGCUGUCAUAGACUCAGCUGCAGGCAGGCAAAUUCAGACAUCGUCUGAUCUGAUCCCUUCCUUCAGGAGAGACAUGCAAGAGAGGCCUCUCAUCGUUUUUGGAUCAGAGAUGAGCUCAAUCAUUUAGGCCGAGGGCGCAGUAAGAAGCCACAGGGGUCAGGGUGCUUGAACAAACAAGAUCAUCCUCGGUGAAAGCCGGCGGCUACCCGGCUAGAUAUUAUUAAGAGAGAUAUGCCAUAUAAAAUAAUACAGAAACAAAGUUCAGUGCUGUCAUGAUACCAUCACCCACAAAAUACCCGUAACAAUGGAGUCAAGACGAGCUUAAUGAGAGGACGCAUCUGAGCAUGUCUACUGCUGUUGCCAUAAUAUCGUCAGUCUCAGGGACAGCUGCUGUUGUAGUGAUGAUCGCCCUGAUCAAACGAUGCCUCCGAUUCAGGAAGAAGAUGAAGAAGAAGAUGCUGCACAGGAUUGCGAAGGAGGCAACCGAGCAUCACCGGAAGCUGGAAGCUCAAGACGCCAUGGACAGCGUGAUGAUCGAGAUCGGGCCGGUGGAGAAGUUCCUCAACGAGAUCCUCAGCGAGAAGCCGAUGCGCUUCACGUCCGAGCAGCUGGCGGCGUGCACCCGGUGCUACUCGUCGGAGCUGGGGUCCGGCGGCUUCGGGGUGGUGUACAGGGGGGAGCUGCCCAAUGGGCUGCAGGUGGCGGUGAAGGUGCUCAAGGUGUCCAUGAACAAGAAGGUCCAGGAGGCGUUCAUGGCGGAGAUCGGCACCAUCGGGAGGACGUACCACGUCCACCUCGUCAGGCUCUACGGCUUCUGCUUCGACGCCGACACCAAGGCGCUGGUCUACGAGUUCUUGGAGAACGGCUCCCUCGAGAAGUACCUCUACGACGGGGAGGACAGGGGGCGGCUGGAGUGGAGGACGCUGCACGACAUCGCCGUCGGCACGGCGAAGGGGAUCCGGUACCUCCACGAGGAGUGCCAGCAGAGGAUCGUGCACUACGACAUCAAGCCGGCGAACAUCCUCCUCACCGCCGACUUCACCCCGAAGGUGGCCGACUUCGGGCUGGCCAGGCUCGGCGAGCGGGAGAACACGCACAUGUCGCUGACCGGCGGGCGCGGUACGCCCGGGUACGCGGCGCCGGAGCUGUGGAUGGCGCUGCCGGCGACGGAGAAGUGCGACGUGUACAGCUUCGGGAUGGUGCUGUUCGAGAUCCUUGGGCGGCGGCGCAACUACGACCUCGCGCAGGCGGAGAGCCAGGAGUGGUUCCCCAAGUGGGUGUGGGACAGGUACGAGCAGGGGGACAUCGAGUGCGUCGUCUCCGUCGCCGGCAUCGGCGAGGCCGACAGGGUGAAGGCCGAGAUGAUGUGCAAGGUGGCGCUGUGGUGCGUGCAGUUCCAGCCGUCGGCGCGCCCGACGAUGAGCAGCGUGGUGCGGAUGCUGGAGGGGGAGAUGGCCAUCGUCCCGCCGGUGAACCCCUUCCAUUACAUCAUGGGCGGCGGAGGCUCGAGCAGCUCGAUGCUGACGAGCAGCGGCGGCACGACUCUGAGCAGCAGCGACACCACCAGGGGAAGCAGCGAGAUGGCGGUCAGCCCUCCUGCCAAGAAGUCAAUCGACGUCAUGGUUGAAUAGUCAAAGUCCACGUGUAAAUGUUGACCCUCACCGAUUCCCUCUUUAUACAAGCAAGACAGAGAUUCUGUGUUUAUGCCGUUGUAAUUAUUAUAUCUUUCAGCUAAUGUGUUUGGCAUUCUACACAUAUUUUCUUCAUUUUAAAUUAUAAGAUGUUUUUAUUCUACCUACACACUUUUAUGUUAAUAAAAA